AUGGAAAUGCAGGCCAGCAAAAAUCCUGCAAUUGAAGUUUUAAGAUCAAUAAGAGAUUUGCACCCCGCUCAUUACCUAUUCAAGAUAGAGCAUUUCUCUAUUCUUUUGGAAGAAGAUAUUGAAAAAUGUGAAUCAGAUGACUUUGAAGCAGAGGGCUAUAUGUGGAGAUUGUCGUUAUAUCCUAAGGGUAAUAAAGGAAGGAAUGGAGAUGGCCACAUUUCACUCUACUUGACCAUAACAGAUACUUGUCAUCUUCCUCCUGGCUGGGAGGUUAAUGCCCAGUUUAGAUUUUUUAUCUACAAUCAUAUAGAGGAUAAGUACUUGACCAUCGAAGAUGCCAAGGCGGGAACGAGGCGUUUUCAUCAAAUGAGAACUGAAUGGGGAUUUGCCCAAUUACUGUCCUUGGACACUUUCAAGCAUCCACUCGAGGGGUACCUGUUUGAUGAUUCUUGCAUGUUUGGAGUGGAGGUUUUUGACAUUACAUAUGCUGGCCUAGGACAGAUCCUUUCGAUGAUCAGGGAGCCCAAGAACAACAGCUUUACUUGGACGGUUAAAAACUUUUCCUCACUCAUGAAUGACCGUGUUUACUCUGAGGUGUUUGAAGUUGAGGGACAAAAAUGGUAG